AUGGUCGCUACUUAUGCUCUAGCCCCGAACUUCACCUACCACCCUAAUACAUCCAUUUGCAUGGGCGACAUUGUGGAGUACCCCGAUGAUCCCACCAAGCCAUUAAGCAGUGUUCCACCGGCUAAUUUGAAGCCAAUCACAAGGCAUCUCGACUAUGACUUUGAAGCCAGCAACCAGAAAAUCAACUCGCUUCACGGCAGUGUCUGGGCAACCUUUCUUCAACAAGCAAGCGCUAAAGUGGGCGGCGGAACAAGCGAUGAGUUAUUCAAUAAAUACACAGCGCUACGGCUUGAGACAAUCUACUUCACAAAGCAACCGACUGACGAAGAGGCUGCGGUACGUGUCCAAGAAAAAGCGGUGAAAACGGCCGUGAAUGCAGGUUUAUUGAAGAAGAAGCCGGUAUUUAUGAUCACUGGCUUGAAGGUGGCAAGAGGUUUCCAGGUAUCUAGCAGCAUCAGCUCAACUGCCAAUGCCCAAGGAGAACUGAAGGCUCCUAUCUCAUCCCAAGACGGGAUUGGAGCAGAUUCAGAUUACUCUCGAGUGAAAAAGCAGGAGCAAAAACAUCGAUCGAAGCAAGACAUCAUCUUCGCCUAUCAAUUGCAUGCCAUAACGCACAAAGGAUGGUCACAGAAGGAUGUGGAUAUUACCGUUCACAAGCCAAAAGCAGCCUUUUUGGAUGAUGAAAAAAAAACGAAUAUGGAAGAUUCGGUUUCUAUGGAAUUGGCCACCGAGUCCAUCCUACACGAUUUUGAUGCUGAAAUCAAGAUGGAGGUUAUUCACAUAGACGAUUGCGAUUGUGUGAUAUUCACCGAGGAGUAG